AUCCCCAUAGGUGGUGCUAAACAAAUAUUCCAAAUGGAAAGUAUCUUCCUACCGAGUUUUGAAGAAUUCAAAGAGCAGCCCGUGGGUUCGUUCAAAAGCUUGUACGUUCGGUGGCAGCGUCCGGAAAAGCAAGUCGUCAAUAUUGAACGCCAUGGCUAAUCAUUGUCCUUUAUAAUUCAUCACUGAACAUCUACUUUCCCUUGCAAUUUCUCCUCAUCCUUUCAAAAUUUUCUCUCAUUUUCUUUCCCCGGAAACGAACGCUAUGUCUUCCUUGAUCAUUCCCCCCGUUCUUACUACUCCACGGGACGAUGCUGCCCUACUUUACCGCGCAUUUAAAGGGUUUGGCUGUGAUACUGCGGCAGUUAUCAAUGUUCUUGCACAUCGAGAUGCAGCACAGCGUGCUCUGAUUCAGCAGGAAUACAGAGCCAUGUACUCUGAGGAACUCUCCAAGCGCUUGAAAUCUGAGCUUAGUGGCAAAGUUGAGGAUGCAAUUUUACUAUGGAUGUAUGAUCCAGCAACAAGAGAUGCUGUUAUAGUGAAGGAGGCUAUAUAUGGACAAACUGUUACUCUUAGAGCUGCCACUGAAGUCAUUUGUUCUCGUACACCAUCGCAGAUUCAGCAUUUUAAACAAGUUUACUUGGCCAUGUUUCAUUCUCCCCUUGAACGUGAUAUUCAAAACAGUGCUACUGGUGAUCACCUAAAG